UCUUCACCUCUUCUCACUUCAAUUUUCUCUUGUUAGUUUCUUCUUGACCCUCCACCUUCACCCCCACCCCAAAACCCACCUACCACCCAACCCAAAAAAAAAAAAGAAAAAAGAAAAAAUAAAUAAAUUCAACCACAUGGGAUUCUGCUAUUUUCAUCCCAAAGAGGAAGUUGUAGGUGUAUGUGCCUUGUGCUUGAAUGAAAGGCUUCAAAUUUUAGCUUCCAAAAAGGGCUAUCUUCACAGAACUUACAGUCACAAAAAGACUCAAAUACCCCUGCCAAAGCUUUUUGCUCUAAGCAAUCUUCUUAAUCGCCUUGAUAUUGGACAACAAAAAUCUGAGGGUAAUUGUGGCAGUUCAUCUGGCAGUCAAGAAGACUCUUUCAUAUCAAUCAAGUUUGAAGACAAUGGUGAAAUGUCUUGGAACAAAAAAUGGAGUAAGCCUAAUAACAAGAUAAACAGUGUAGCUAUAGAGCAAUCGAAACCACGCACAGCACUGAGGUGGCAAAAACGGAUUGGCAACUUAUUCCAGCUCAUCAAAUGGAAGAGGUCCAGCAAAGGAAAUGUGUGCCACGUGGGCACAAAACUAGACAGGUCAAAGGUUAGAUAUGGAUGGAUAAGGUCAUUGAGAAAGAGGGCUGAAGAAUAAAGGGUUAUGUACACAAAAAGAAAAAGAGAGUUUUGAGCUUUUUAUCCAAUACUCCCACAAUAUUUUGUUUGUAGGAGCAAUGGCUUAAUGAAAAUGCAAAUUGAUGAAAGUAUAUAAAAUAAGAUUGUAUAGUUAAAAUGGGUUUUGGGUCGACCAUGUCGGUCAAUUCAAAUU